ACCGUUGGGGUUUGAAUCUCCCCCAGAAAACAGCGGCAGAUGACAGCAGCUUGUUGCGCUUGUAGAGACUGCUAGCGAGCAUAUUUGGGUCACAUUAGCGCUGAUAACACCAUUCUGGAGCUGAGUUUCGUUGCUUCUGUCAACUGAAAAUGUCGAAAAAACAAAUCUUUUAUUCCGACAAGUACACCGAUGACGAGUUCGAGUACAGGCAUGUUGUGCUUCCAAAGCAACUGUCCAAACUGGUGCCCUCCUCCCACCUGAUGACAGAAGAAGAGUGGAGAGGACUCGGGGUGCAACAGAGCCAGGGCUGGAUUCACUACAUGAUCCACAAACCAGAGCCACACAUACUGCUUUUCAGAAGGCCUCUCCCAAAGGAUUAAAUGGGAGCCGUCUGCUAAAAGACCUGCUAUCUCCUCUGCUGAUAUGUAUUGUCUUACACAUAUCUCUAUAUGUGGUCUGAUGUAAUGUGUAGAAACCCUGUAGUUUUGUGUUUGUAUAUAUAUAUUUUUGUGUUUGUGCUUUCAAAUAUCCUCAGUUUUUAGAGGUUAUGAGAGACAAAUGGCUUGAUUCCACUGUGAAUAAUAACUUUAAACAAUUUGAAGGUGAAAGUUUGCCUGUCACUUGUACACUCUUAGCAUUUUUUUUUUUAAUAUCUUUAGAUGCAACUUUGUCAAGAUUGAUUUAUUAAUGCUCAUACGGCUAUUGGGUAUCAUUGUGCUCAAACCAAUGACUGGCCGGCAGUUUUCUGUUUGAACAUUUCUUGACACUUCCUUAAUUUUAUGUAUGUUAUGUGCAUAUAUUAUUUCUUGAUAUAAAACUUUCCACUCAGUUAUGAUUAUGACAAGUUCUUUGGUACUGAACAAAAUAAAAUAUUCUAA